AUGUCUUAUGUAAUCUGGAAACUAUUCAUGAAGCAAUAUGCUCGCCUGCGCCUCAACAUGGGCCACAAUACGCAGCCCAUGAUGCCGACAUUGAUCUGGCAUUCGUAUGCGGCCAUUGAGACUGUGGCAACAACGACUGACACAAACACGGCAGCAGCAGCAGCAACGACAACAGCAACAAACGCGACGACGACGACGACAACAAGCAGCGAGCCAGGAGCCGAAUUAGUGGAUCAGGGCCAUUUAAGCGAGAUCUUGGUGCUGAAUGACACUCAAAUCGAUGGCAAAAGCGCGACGUCGGCGCCGCUAGCAGUGGCCAUCGACAUGGACAACAUGAACAACGACAUGGACACGGACACGGACAACAGCAACAACAACAACAGCAACUACAACAGCAACGACAUGAACGAGGCCAGAUCGGGCCACACAGCGCCCAUAGCGCGCGACGAGGAUGUGGAUGAGGAUGGGGAUGAGGAUGUCGAGGAGGACGGGUUCAGGUUGAGAGAGGAGUUGAGGCAGCAGCAGGCGGAGCAGCAGCUGUCGGCGCUGGCCAAACCAAAUGCUAAUUAUGUGUGCUGUCAAUGCCCAACAACAACCACAACAACAGCAACAACAACAACUGUGAACCGCAGCAAGUCGCGGGUACGCAGCUAUCUAAGGAAAUGUAAGCAACGCCUAACGGGUCAGCAGAGCAGGCCAACACCAACAACAACAGCAACAUUGCCAACGACAACAACGACAACUACAAUUACAAUGAUCAAGAACGAAGCAGGCGGAACAGCACCCACGAUAGUGCAGAUUGAGAAUGAGGAAGGUAAGCAGGAGAGUAGUAAGCAGGAGGAAAUGGAGGAGGAGGAGGAGGAGGACUCCAGCUGUGGUAGCAGAGAUUCGGCCAGCGCCUAUGUCGACUGUAUGCCGCUUGACUUGAGUCUGCGACGAGCGCCAGCUGCGCCACAGGAGUCCAGCAGCGACGACGACGACAACGUAAUGGAGGAGGAGCAGGAGCAUCUGUCGCACAUUUAUCCCAUCUACUGGGCACGCACGCGUGCGAUUUUAAUGCGCCAGGCACGUGAGCUUCUCGUGUCCCAUUUUGAGGGCUCCCUGCCCCGAUUUGAGCAGCGAUUCCUAUGCAAAUUUGCACAAAUUGCCGCAACGCUGCGCGCCACUCAUCAAAUUGGCGAGUCCUGGUUAUGGCAUGCCGGCUGGCCGCUGGCCACAUCCAAUGGAGCGCUGGUGCUGCAGCUGAGCGACUCUGAGAUUGCACACGCACUCCAACCGGACGAACUCUAUCUGUGUGUCAAAUUGGUUAACGUCAUCUAA